ACUUGUGGAAUGCUCAGUUGUGCAACGGGAAGAAGGGCUCAGUUUCACUAUUCAGGACGCCAGUCCCACAUACCCACAUACCCAGAGACCAGUCUCCUCAUCAGCUGCCCUGUUGCGCUCUCUGCUUCAAACUCACACUCCUACAGAGCUGGAGUGUAUUCAGUCCAACGGGGCUCUGUGCUUCAUCAACCCCCUCUUCAUAAAGGUUCACCAACCAGAGGGCAGCAAACAGUGCACAAAUUUCAACACCCCUGAGACCCCAAGGGAAGAGUCCAACAAGACGACCAACGCUGAACAUCCUCAGAUCUGUAGGUCAGACCAUAGUGACAGAAACCAGUCCGCUCGGAAAAAACUGCCGAACCUUUGCAGAAACUCCCCCAGUAAUGUACAAAUCAACAGUAGCCAGAAAUUAGGAGCAGGGGCAAGUGUGCCGCGGUUCCCACCAUCUCACCCCUCUCUGCCUUGCUUUACUGCACAGUGCUCUGCACCACCCGUCCAACAGCGAAGCAUGCCUGAAAAAAUCGCCUGGAUUAAUGAGCCAAAGGCGGAGGAGGUGAGGCAGAGCAGGCCUUUCUCUCGCCUCGGUUCCACAGUGACCACCGGCCUCUCGUCCUCACCUUCCAAGAGGUUUAGCAUCAGCUCCCUCGCGUCCAUCCCUCGGCAAUCCCUGCCCCUCUCCCUGAUGUCUCUGUCUUCCUCUCCAAGUCGAUCCAAAGCCUCAUCAUUAUCAUCUGAUUAUGAGGAUGCUCAGUGUCAUUUGGCUUUAGAGGAAAAGACAAUCGAGACCGCCAUUCGUAGGAGCCAAUUAUUUAGACAAAAUGCAAUUAGAUCCACAGCCCAAGAUGUAUACAAACCCUCCAAAACCAUCUUGAUGCCAGCAAACAAGCGUGCAGAAAACCUUACAGGAGAAGUUCCGGAAGGAUGUAGUGGAACGAGCCAAAGGCUGAGUGACAUGAGCCUCUCUACGGAUUCCUCAGAUUCUCUGGAUUUCUCACAGAGCUCAGGCUUCCUUAUCCCUCCUCUGCAUGAUCCCAGCCCCCCUACUAUGGCUGACUUCGACAACCAUCUUCCUCUCUCCCUCCCACCAUCCCACCUGCGUUUAAGCAACAUCAACAUCGACGACGAGGACGAUGACGAUGAGGACGAAGAAGACCCCAUUUUUGGCAUCAGUCUUGAGAGUGACCAGGAGCAGGACCAGGACCUUACCAUGCUGCCACCAGGGAGCAGCACAAGAAGACGCUCAAGUACCAGCGCGGUGGUCUUACAGAAGGCCCUGCGAGGAAAUCUUCGCAAAAUGAGUGGCGUGUUUACCUCACUGCUGACGCCAGAGAAGAGAGCAGUCCGCAAGGUGCGGGAACUGUCCAGGGAUAAAAACUCGUACUUUGGCUCCCUGGUUCAGGAGUACCUCAGCUACAUGAAUGAGGGUGCUGGUGCCCAGGCGUGGCAGAGCUACACGUCUUGUCUGGAGCUGCUGCAGACAGUCCGUCAGUUCAUCACUCAGAUGAAGAGCUACCUGCGACAGAGCUCUGAGAUGGAGCCGUCGAUCGACAGCCUCGUCCCCGAAGACCAGAUUGACCAGGUCCUGGAGAAGGCCAUGCUGAAGUGUGUCCUGAAGCCCCUGAAGCCAGUGCUAAGCGCGGCGCUGCACGAGUUUCAGGAGCGCAGUGGCGCAUUGCAGGAGCUCAAAGAGAACCUGUGUUUGUACAAAGCCCGGCUGCCACAGGAAAUAGGCGUGACUGAUGCCUUGCCCCCUGACUCUGUGGCCAUCGAGAAGAUCAAAAAGAAGUUUGAGGCCAUGUGUAAACUGUACAACCCGGAGAAGAAGGUCACCAUCCUGCUGCAAAUCUGCAAACUAAUCUACACCAUCAUGGAGGACAAUUCAGGUCGUUUGUACGGUGCUGAUGACUUCCUGCCAAUGCUGACGUACGUGUUGGCCCAGUGUGACAUGCCUGGGCUGGACACAGAGAUACUCUACAUGAUGGAGCUGCUGGACCCCUCACUGCUGCACGGAGAAGGUGAUUACUACCUGACCACUGCCUAUGGAGCCAUGUCGCUGAUCAAGAACUUCAAGGAGGAUCAGGCAGCCAGAGUCCUGAGCUCCGAAACCAAAGACACGCUGCGCCAGUGGCACCGGCGACGCACCACCCAGCGCUCUGCACCUUCUAUUGAUGACUUUCAGAACUACCUGCGAGUGGCUCUGCAGGAGUUGAACAGCGGCUGCACAGCCAAGACUCUGCAGGUCCGACCUCAUGCCACGGUGGAGGACGUGUGUCAGCUGUGCGCCCUCAAGUUCAGGGUGUCAGACCCGGAGAACUAUGGCCUGUUCCUGCAGAUGGAGGGCAGCAGCCAGCAGCUGGCCCCGGACACCCACCCUCAGAAGAUAAAAGCUGAGCUCCACAGCCGCCCGGAGGCAACCUCCUUCCUUUUCGUCUACCGACGUGUGGCCAACAGCAGCAGCCACUCCAGUCCCACCCCCAACCUCAACCACCUCGCCUCCACCCCCGACCCCACAGACAAUCUGAACUGCCUCAGCACCAACCUGUCGGGCCCCUCCUCUGAGUCCGGCGUUGGCUCAGACCUCAGCCCCCCGCCCAGCCACCUCAGCGACUCCGUCUCUGAUCAAGAGCGAGCUGAGGCCUGAACGGCCUCUUUGUCUCCAGCUGUCACAGAGUCGCCCUUUAUCUCCCUCUCACACACACUCUCAUGAGCCAUACAUGUGCUGGCGUGUUGACAGGGUCCAAAACACUGUGCUGGGCCAGUCUUCACAAAGGCCGACUUCUCCUUUUGGAUCUGUUUCAGUCAACAUCCCCUCUCUGAAAGCUCUGUCUGACAGACGCAGGCGAAAGAGGAAAAGAAGAGGAGGGAAGGAAACGAGAGAGAUGCAUUUAUUUUCACUUCUUCGCCUCAGGAUUUGUUAUCAGGGUGACUCUUCUCUGAGCUGUUAUGUCGCCACCUUUAAGGUACCUUUAAAAAGCCUAAUCUCAGUAAAUCACUUUAUGUACAGAAGUGAAAGGGACAGAUUAGUUGUUUUUUUCUCACAGUUGCUGGUAAACUGUUACUUUGUUGUUUUUUUGUUCAUAUAAGAGAUUGUUUUAUAAAAAAGGAUUAGGAUGGUCAUAAUAAUGUGUUUCUACUGGAGGCUGAGAAGCAGAAAAUAAGAACUCAGCUGUGAAGCGACGACCAGACGACAACGUAUUUUCUCUGAAAUAAAAAAAAAAGUCUCAGCA